CACCGCCGCACCACCACUCUUUUCCCUCGCCCGUACGAGCUUUCGCACUCGAGCGCACUCUCGGUCGCGCUUCCGACCUCACUCGUUGCGUUUCCCUCGUCUCAAACCGUUUCAAGGACCCACUCCUCACGGCAACACCCAUGUCCGUCUAGACCGCGCCACUACGGAGCCACGACACCCGCUCGAGCACCGCCAGCCCCAGACUGGCUUAGACGCAAAUUUCACUUUUUAAAAGACACCGCUCACUCCUAUCAACAUGAAGAACUUCAUACCCAAGGGCAUGAGGCGGAAGUCGUCUGGCAAUGUGCUAGAGGAACCCGACAAGCCUUCGUUUCGCGUCAUUUCCCGGGACGAAGUUCAGAGGACUGCGGACGUUAGGAGCCGCGGCUCGGACAGUUCAGCCAUGCACCACGGCAGAGAACAGUCGUACGACGACGAGAUGGUCGCGCCGAACCGUGGCAGUAACGGUAGCAGUGUCGCCAACUCGACAAGAUUCUACGACACUUCUUCUUCUGCCCGUCACAGCUCCACCUCCACCUUGCCCUCGACGGACCUCGAAGUCGACGAUUUGUUCAGCAAGCGAAUUUCAGCCCCUGGCCUGGAUCACGGUCGCACCUCCUCCUUGACGGGCUUUGCCAACCGCUUUCCCUUCAACAAGAAGGGCGCAAAGGGCAAUUCCUCCCCUACUGCGAAGAUAGACGGCAAUUCUGAAGAGCGCCCGGGUACGAAAGACAGGUCCCUGUCUUCAAGCAGCUACGCCAGUACUGCGCAGCCUCCCACGCUCAACGGACUUUCAGAGACAGACUUUGGCAGCAGUUUUGGCGAUUUGUUCGGUGGUCUUGGUGGCCAGCGCAAAAGCGCGGUUCUUCCCGAGUCGUCCUUGCCCAAGCCUCCGCAGCCAUUGACCGUCAGAUCAGGGUCCGACCCAGCACUGCCUCCUCCUUCGAAGGCGUUUGCCGCCUCUCGGCCGAUUCAGCCACCUUCCCCCGUUCGCGUGGACCGAGGUCCAGCCCACGACGUUGUGGGGUCGCCCUACUCCUGGGCCUCGCAUGAUUCCGGCGAUCGUCUAAUGGCUUCACCAGACGUUGCCGCCGGUUCUCCAGUAGCCGAGAGAGCACCUCCGGCACCUAAACACAGCAUUCCACACAUCCCCAUGACGCAAAGCCCGGUUCCGAUGGCACUUAGACCAGGCUCGGCGAGCCCUGCCGAACAGCGCAAGUCUGUCGCUGGACGUCAAGGCAUCCUCAAGCCCACUGCUCGUGUUCGCCCCGUCGAGGAUGAAGAUGCUCGCAUGGUCAGAGAAUCGUUUAGGGCGAGUCGUGGUACAAGGGAAUUGGAGGCUGCACACGCUCGCAUGACUGCUGGCGAGGCUGAUUCAUCGGAGGCUUCGCUGAACACGCCCUCUCUGUCCUCUGCGAGCUCGAGCAUGAAGGCAAAGGAGAAGGAGAAGGAGAACGUGAGUGUUCCACUCAAGUCUCCCGGCGACCUGAGCGAGGCGACUCCGAGAGGAAAGGCACCAUCUGCCCAGCGCGAGGAGGAGGAACCACUCUUUGGCCACGACCCUGAUAGGCGUUCUUCAACCCCCGGUGUUCGUUGGGCGGCCGAGGCGAAGCAGCCUCAGAGGAUGACGAUGGCUGAGUUUGGUGUUCUCAAGCGCCAGGAGCUUAAGGAUCCCAUCGACGAUGAUACCUCGGAUGAGGAAUACCUCGAUGAAGAUCAGGAGGAAGACGAGCGCAAAAAGAUGGAGGACAUGAGGAGAAUCAGGCAAGAGCAGCAGGAGAAGAUGAGUGCCCAUCGCGAGAUGAUGAAGCGCACGACGGGCGGAAUGAACGACCGUCCCUCCGUUGGCCGCCACAGUAACAGCACGUCGGCUCUCCUUCACAACAGAUCUUUUUCGAACGUCCAAAACAGCGAGGACGACGACGAUGAGGAUAUUCCGCUCGCUAUUCUUCAAGCGCACAAUUUCCCGAAGACGCACGUCAGGCCCGCGUCAGCUACAGGCGUGCGCCCCGCCUCUGCCGCGGAAUCCUCCAUGAACAGGGCUUCCAAUCUCCCUCCGUUCGCUCGUGGCCUUCCGUCAGACGUGGAGCCGUUCCUGGGUGCCAACUUGGUACAACAGCCCAUGCGCGAGUCCAUUGGCUACGGCGCGAUGGGGCCGGGUUCUGCACAUGGUGGCUCUUCUAUUGGCCAGCAGCAAACGCUGGUCAACAUGAUUGCGGAUGCUGAACAAGCCAAGGAGGCUCGUCGUGGCGGUAGUUCGAAGAUUUUCAGCAACAACAAUACGUACGGUCAACGUCUUCCGACGAUGACAUCCCAGACUGCUCCGCAGAUGGCUCCUCAGCAGAUGCCAAUGCAGCCGCAGCCGAUCGGGCAGAUGGGUCAAAUGGGACAGAUGGGCCCAAUGGCUCAGAUGGGACAGAUGGGCUUCCAACCGCAACAGCCUAUGAUGGAUCCUCAGAUUCUGCAGCAGGCCUCUGCCCAGAACCAGACGAAUGCCCAGAUUGCCGCACUGACUCAAAGCAUGCAACAACUGAUCAUGAUCCAUAUGCAAGGCAUUCAGCAGCAGCAACAGCCCAUGCAGCAGCCCAUGAUGCAACAGAUGAUGCAGCAACCGAUGAUGCAACCGGCACAACAAAACAACUUCCUCUCUCCUAACCAGCGCCCGGUCUCGAUGGGCAACCGCAACUCGGCUCCCACCGCUUCCCAGCAUCAGCAGCGGACCAGAUCCAUGGUCAACAUCAGCCCCAUCGGAUUGGGCGGUUUGUCCCCGCAGCAGCCUGGAUCUCACCUCCAGGCUGGUUACGCUGCUUCUCUCGCGCCUUCGGAGCGCAGCAAUGUUGGCAGAUCUCCCCGCUACCGCCCUGUCAGCACGCCCCAGGAUGGCAGCUCUACUGUCAUGUCCAACUCCACCGUCCAGCCCAUCCAUGAUGGAAAGCAGCGGAUCAAGGUUAAUGUCAAGCCUCCGCCGAAAAACAUUCCACAGCUCGACAGUCCCAACGACGACGAAGACGAGGAAGGCUGGGGCGCCACGGCUACCAAGGCGAACAAAUGGGGUUCUGCCAGAAACCACCAGGAAGAGCUCUCUGGUCUUGACAUUCCCGCUUUCGAGUGAGGUGUCUCAACUCGAUAUCUCGACGACAUAGUCUGAUGAUCCUAUACGACGUUGCAUCAUUCCCCCAGUUUGUUUUCCUGCGCUCCAACUUGUUUGGCGGGCAUUUAUGAGCUAUACCAUAGCUUCAAUUUCCUUACCUUUUGCUCCUCUGGGUUCAGAUACCCCUUUCCGGGCCGUCUCUUCUACGGGGCCAUGCAUUACCGGAAUUCCUUUCAGUUUGCACCACGUCGGGAGGUCUCUUUAGCGAGCGUAUUGCAUCGUCGGUUGCAUCCACAAAAAUAGGCUCGGGCGCUUUUCGCGCCAGUUUCCGAGCCCUAGCAGCGGUUCGCUUUGCCUUUGCUUUGCUUU